AUGCUCAGAACAGACCACCUCAGCAUCGGGUGGAAGGACAGGCUACGACAUGCACAGCAGGAAGAUCCGGACAUCAAGCCGAUUCUGGGAUGGAUGAAGGCCCGUGCUACCAAGCCUAAGUGGAAGGACGUCUCAGCGAUGAGUUCAACCACGAAAAGCUAUUGGGCCCAAUGGGACAGCUUGCUGCUUCAGGAUGGAGUCCUGUGCCGUAAAUGGGACAAUGGUCGAGGAGACAGCUGUCGUUUGCAAAUGGUUGUCCCUAAAGCUAAAGUGCCGAAUGUUCUACAGCUGUGCCAUAAUGGUCGUUCAAGAGUCCAUCUGGGAGUUAAACGAACUCUACUGAAGGUCCGAGAACAGUUUUACUGGGUCCAUUAUCGUGACGAUGUCGAGGAUUGGUGUAUUACAUGUACAAGUUGUGCGGCCGUGCGGGGACCUCAGACACGUAGUAGAGGAGCACCGAAAUUGUACAAUGUUGGUGCACCACGGGAUAGAACAGCCCUUGACAUUGCGGAGCCGUUACAGAAAGGCGCAAGAGGGACUCCUAAGAUCGUCCAUGUGGAUCGCUUGGCGCGUUAUUAUGGGGCCGAUAAUGCUUGGGACGAGCAUGUCUUAGGAGGGGGCAGUGUUACGCGCUCAAGUCGACGAUACACUAGCGCCAUCUAG